UUCAGUAAGCAACGAACUUUGCACGCCGACGGUUUGUUUUAGCGCUCGCGUUUCCGUGUGCUCCUCUUUUUUAGACUCUCGCGCGUCGCCGCUUCCACGUGAAUAUUAAAGAAAGAAAUAAAAGUAAAAAGGAACCCAAAAAUAAGCACGCGCGCGUUUCUGUGCGUGUGUGUGCGGUUGUGACAGUGUGUAUUGAGAGUGUGUGUGCGCGUGCAUUUAUUUUUAAGCAGCGGCAAAUGUAAAGCGGCGGCAUGUGUAAAACCGACUGCCAACAAAAAAUAAAUACAAAAUAAGCAAAAGAGAAUAUCAAAUCAAAUCAAAAUCUAUAAAUAUCACAGGCCGGCAGCAUACAACACAAACGACGAAAGUUGACAAAAAAAAGUAAGAGCAAAAGAAUUAGUAUGAAGAAUAAAUGUAAAUCAAGAGAAAUGAAAACGAAACUCAAAUACGACCAGCUGCUCGCAGUUACGCUCUGCACGCUGCUAACUCUGGCAGUAGCCGCAGUCGACGCUCAGCCUGCCAGCUCCUAUGGCGCCUCCUUCAUAUCAAAUCCGGCUAUCUAUGCUUACACGGUGGAUAAUCAACAACAACAACAACAGCAGCAGCAACAACAACAAGAGCAGCAACAGUUAAUCAAUUUUGACACUGCCAAUGUGAAUGGCAAUUCGAAUGAGAAUGCUAAUGUGAAUGUAAAUGUGAAUGGCAAUUAUCGCGCCGCCUCGAAUCGCAAUUACUACUACACCGAUGUGAAUGCAAAUGCAAAUGGAGAUGCUGCAACGCCCAUGCUCACCACGCCCCAAGCACCUGCUUCGGUUCCGGUUUCAUCAGCUGCAACACAGCCAGCUCCCUUAACCGGCUGCACUCUCGAUCGUCUCGCCGUCUAUAAGGUCGUCUUGCACACCUAUUGGACCCGAGAACUGUUCCCCAAACACUAUCCAGAUUGGCGACCCACCGCCCAAUGGACCAAGACCUUAGGUCGCACACACAAUGCCAACUAUGCGCUCUACCACAUCGGACAGCCAGCCACGGCGGGCGUCAAACAAUUUGCAGAGACGGGCAAAACGGAGCAGCUGGACAGCAAUGCUGGUGAGCAGCAGCAGCAGACGAUGCAGGCGGCAGGCCAAGCGCACACACAGAAGCAGCAACCAUCGCAAGGAUUUGCCAGCGGAACGGAGCGGAGCGUAUUCGAUGAGUUCACCAUGCCGGCAAUUCAGUUGGGCGCAGGUCGAAGUGAGGCCAAAGUGUUUGUCGACAGUAAUCACAGCUUGGUAUCGCUAAUGACGCGCAUUGUCCCAUCGCCGGAUUGGUUUAUAGGCGUCGACUCGUUUGAGCUCUGCGUUGGCGGCUCAUGGAUUGAUACGGUCACCGUUGAAUUGGAUCCACUUGAUGCGGGCACCGACAACGGCUUCACCUUUACCGCACCCAAUUGGCCAACGGCACCGCAGGGUGUCAUCUAUCGCAUCACCUCACGCUAUCCUGCCCAUCCGGCUGGCAGUUUCUAUUACCCGAAGAGCAAGCGUUUGCCUCCCAUCGCCACAUUUCAGUUCAUCAAGCUGAAGGAGUACGAGCUGAGCGAGGUAUUCAACAUUGCCGAGGAUGAUCGCAAAUAUGAAAUGGUUCAGACCCAAACACACCUGGAUGCCGAGCACAAUCACGUCGAGAUGAAUAACGAGCUGUCCGCAAGCAUUGAGCGAGAGCGACAGAGAGAGCGAGAUGGCGACAGAGAUGGACAGACACCGCAACAGCUGCAGCUGCAACAAUACGAUGAGGAGCGACAACGCAUUCGCUCCCAGUUGCUGGCCAAAAUGAAUCCCAUCUACAACAACAGCCAACAACCGCCACCAGCGGUGGUCAGCGUAGUGCCGAAGAAUGAUAAGCAUGCGCUGAUGCAGAGCAUUGCCAACAGCUACAGGCGCACGGAUGUGGGCAAUGACAAGAACAACAACAACACCACCUACCCGGCCCAAGUUCCGGCAAAGGACAUUGCUGCUGUUGCUGCUCCAACACGACGUCGGUCGGGGUCGAGGCUGGCGUCGAAGCGGCGUCGCGACUGUCGCGUGAGCCACUGGUCGGAGUGGACGGCCUGCAGCAAGAGCUGCGGCAUUGGUGAGAUGCAUCGAUAUCGCAAAGUCAUCAAACACGGCAAGAGGGGUGGGCGACCAUGUCCGGCACUGCAGCAGUCCAAAUGGUGCGGCACCGAGCGCAAUUGUCAUGGGCCUCAGAGCUAUUUUAAUUGGUCCGAUUCCGAUACAUGAACACGCUAUGCUGGACCAAGCGAUAUAUAAAUAUAAUUUUAAUUUAAGGCGUAAGAAUUGCUUUUUGUGUGGAAAAUGAAAAACAGUAGAAACGAGAGACGGAGAGAGGGAGAGGGAUAGGGAGAACCCCCCACAGCGGAGAGAACCAGGCGGAGACCUCAGCAGCUGCAGAUCGAUUUUAAUUUAAAUUUAAAUUUAGAUUACGAUACGAAAUUGAAAUUGAAUUGAACAAAAUUUUAAAAUGCACGCAAAUGCAGACAACCAAAAGUUUGAAACUAACUCAAAUUGAAAGAAAAAGCAAAACUUAAUAAUCAUGAAAAUUGCAUAUGAAACCGAGGACUACUGACAAUAUUAAAAACAAAAUGGAUUUAAAAAACAUAUGCUGAACUGCUCCAAGUUCCACAUUGGAAAGCAUUCGAGGGAGUCAAAUGUUUCGAAUCGGUGUCAAUCGUGGAAUUUGAAGCAGCUCUGAAACACAAUUUUGGCUAAUGAAGAGAACAUUUUAAGUUGUUCUUUUGAGUUGCUUAAGCUAAUUUUAAUGUAUAAAUCAAGCAGAAAUUUCUGAGUACAUGUGUCAUAUAUAAAAGAAAUGCGAAAAACCAAAAAAAUUACUAUUUAGUAGUCGUACAAAUUUAAGAUGCAAGCGAGUACGAGAGCGCUUUAAUAAAAUGCGCUACUAAUUAUUUAUGGGAACUAUCUAAACUAUAUACCCUAUAAAAUUAAUUAUUUCACAAAUUU